AUGUUAAAAUUCUUUAAAAAACCCUCCCGUGAGGAGGAGGUCCGGACGUGGACGCGUCGUCUUCGCUCCGAGCAGCGUAAGUUGGACCUUCAGGUCAGCAAAAUCAACCGUGAGGAGCAAAAAGUGAAGCUCGCGAUGAAACAGGCGGUGAAGGCGAGCGAUCUCGUCGCGGCGCGGAUGCUCGCGAAGGAGUUGAUUCAUUCUCGCAAGGCGGUUAGCCGACUUUACGCCGCCAAGGCGCAGAUGAACUCCGUCGCUAUGCAGCUACAAAAUCAGCUCAGUCAACAGAAACUGGUGGGGUGCAUGAGCUCGAGUGCGGAGAUCAUGAAGGACAUGAAUGCGUUGAUUAAAGUGAAAGAAGUCCACGAGGCGAUGCGGGAACUUGGAAAGGAGAUUCAAAAGGCGGGGAUCAUCGAGGAGAUCACGAACGACGUCCUCGACGACGCGCUCGAUAACGAAAUCAGCGACAGCGAGCUCGAGGUGGAGGUGAAUAAGGUUGUGGAGGAGGUUACGCAGAAACAAAUGGAGGGCGCGCGCGUCGGGAUUUCGAAGCUGCCGAUGAAAAAGCAAGACGAGCGGGAAGAAGAAGAAAAAGAAAGCGAAGAGGAGGCAGAGCUGAUGGCUAAACUCAACGCUUUGCGGACUUCCUAA